GACAUAAACGUGCAGAUUGGGUCAAUUUUAACAUGUAUAUUACGCGGAAAGAUAAUCUUAUAUAAAGAAGUAAUCUGGAACUGUCGAUAAAUAGUAUCAAAUAAUAAAAGUGGGUACGGUAUGUGGUACAUAUAAAAACUGAAGGCCAGCAUUAAUUAAAAUUAGGGGUAGUGGUGCAGACAUAUGUAGUUUCAAAGACGAGUAUCAUCUAGAAUUAUUAUGAUGCUUUGUGACCACAUACAAGAAACAGCCUUUUAGGUGCUUUAUGGGCACAGUCUAACCUGUUUGUUGGAUUUAUUGCCCUUUUUACCUGCGUUUUCAUCCUUCUUUAAGUCGAUUCUGUGAGUUGGAAGAUUUUCCUGCGAUCCAUUCAUGUUAAUAUCUUGAAGAGUGUAUGAAUGUAAUUCUACAGUACUGCCUUACUAGCGGCACAAAGCCUCUUAGGUUUUUAAGAAGGGUCAUUGUGACACAACUCUCAACACACCUAUUUUACUCUGGUGUGGGACUGGCAGUAACUGUGUACAGGUUCCAGGUGGAAUUGCAGAACGAUAUAAGAACCAUGUAGUUCAUUUGAUGCCAAUGAGUCCUAGAUAUUGUAAAUACCCUGUGUAGCGUUUCGUAACCUGGAUGAAAACGUGUCCAGAAUAUUGUGCAAUGUAUAUGUAAGACUGUAUCUGACAUGCAGGUCGAGACGUCCUAACCUAAUUCCAAUACUUGACAGUAGGUUAAGUUCUAGUGUAAUGAUAGUUUACUUCGACGAAUUGAUAACCUUUGGUUACACCAAUAGUUCUAUUUCUCCUCCAUUUAUGAACAGUAAUCUAAGAACAUAUUCUCAGAAAGUCCGAAAAUCAAAAUGUAGUUCAUGUCUGGAAAUUGGUUUUCUUAUUUAUACAUGAAUUACUCUAGUUCUUAGAUAGAAUAGGUUCUGUUCACAGGUUUUGUUAAUAAAUCCAAACAAAGGUUUAAUAUUUAUAGUUAUGUCAUCUGUGAGCAGUAACAUAGGUUACUCAACCUUAUAUUUUUGCUCGUAGACAUUGUCCACUGAGUUUUUGGCGCUUGCUUGACUUGGUGUGGUGUUGUUGCAGAUGGCUUUGCGAUUUCGAAUUCUCAUUUAAGGUUUAAAUAUGUUGCAAAUUACACAUAUUUCUUACAAAACAGUUGAUUUUGGAGCGAUCGGGUUUGUUGACCGAGAAUUUUAGGUUCGAUGAUCAUAUACACACCCAUGCCUUGCUGUCCGCCUGGAACAUCUGUAUUUGACGUCUCUUACCUUGCCAGUACUACCACCAUCACCACUGUCAUUGUUGUUUGUAUUAAUAUAAUAGGCUCAUUUCGAUUCACCUCUGUCAUUCUUGGACAUCUGUUCACAUCUUUUUCAUGUACCAUUCUCUUCUCUCCUCUAUAUUCAGUUUUAUAAUCUCUCAUUUUACAACUCAAUCUCCUGUACGUCGACAUGAUGUUCCAUGCUCUUAGCAACCUGAAUGCUACAGAACAAACUCACUAAUUUAUGUUCAAGUGCUAUUCCUCUUGUAUGUAAAUGACCUUCCUUGUCUCCUAUCAUCAUCGGUCUUGCUAUAUGCUGACGAUGUCAAGAUAUGGAGAACGAUACGAUGUAAGAGUGAUAGCUUAAAACUUCAAAAUGACCUGAAGAAGUUAUCUGAAUAGUUUCAAACCUGGUAGUUGCCGAUAAAUACUUCCAGGUGUGUUGUGACACAUGUUGGUCAUCAAGGUACAGAUACAUACAUGAUGAAUAACACUGAGCUACCUGUCGUCCAGACAUAUAAUGACUUAGGAGUUAUCGUUAGCAAAGACCUAAAGACUACUGCACACUGUCGUGCAAUAGCCACCAAAGGUCUUAGAACCUUAUGGUCAAUAUGUAGGGCUUUUAGUCAUGUCGACGCCAAGACGUUUUUGACUUUGUACACAGUGUUCGUACGUCCUAAACUUGAGUACUGCAUACAAGCGGCUAGCCCCUGCCUUAAAAAAGACAGUGAGCUUCUGGAAAAGGUUCAGAGAACGGCAACUAAGCUGAUUCCCGGGAUAGCGAAGCUUCCGUAUGAAUCUCGACUGGCCAAGCUAAACCUUUUCCCGUUGUCAUAUCGCAGAACUAGAGGCGACUUGAUUACAGUCUUCAAAUUGCUUAGUGGCAAAUUUGCACCUGGUAUGCCCUCAUUUUUCUUGUCUUCCAAAACAGAGAAUUUACUAGGACACUCCAAAAAAGUUCACAAGCCCAGAACAAAUUACUUGUCAGCUGACUACCGACUUUCCCACCGAAUCAUCAACGAGUGGAAUUCAUUACCUCAGCACGUGGUUGGGGCUCCAUCCGUCGACUCUUUCAAAAGAAAGUUGAAUCAACUGAGAGACCACCAUCGCCAGGACUAACAUAGGCCAUCAAGCCUCCUAUCCUUCCCAAACUGAAAUUGAAACUUAAUCAGCUCUCGAAUUCAUUAGGGUUAGUACUGUUUAGCUGCUAGACUACCCACAUUGUACCAUACUGAAUCCUAAAACCGUAUCUUAACAUAAAGAAGCGUUACUGAGUACCAAUCCAUUAACACAAGUUGGUCAUGUUGGAAGUCCACUCUCAAAUCCCAUGUGGGAUAUAUGUAGGAUAUAAUGUGAAAUAAAUCUCACCAUUGUAGUUGAGCCUUACCUUCACAACUGAUGGUUAAUCUAUGAUCGCUCCAAUUUCGUACUUCGUGUAUAUCGCGCAAUUUCGUUUUUCUCAUACUGUGAACUCGUUUUUGCGUCGUUGUAGUUUUGGCUCACUCAGAUCACUCUCACUUCAUAAUACCAUGUAACUAAACUUACUAUACCUCAUAAACCUCAAAAUAUCUUCGCAAAUUCUUUCGAUUUUUCUCCGACUCUCUGGGAUGCUAAGUAUGUCUUCCUCUCGGUUUGCCACUUAUAGUUUUUGCGUCGCUUAGUUUUAGCAUAAUAAUAUAGUGUGUAUUCUCAUAAAAGCAACUCAAUUUGUGUGCGUAAAUUAGUUUUAUGGGAAAAAGACUCUUUGAUGUUGUGAUAGAUUUGGUCGCACACUGAGUAAUUAGAUUGUAGAAACAUUUUCAAAGCGACUAAAGUAUUUUCGAAUUUCUAGGAUCUCUAUGUGCAUCGCAUUUCCCAACUGGUACGUAAGUAUUCUGACAUAAAUUUCUACACAUACGUACUCCUGGUGUUAUAGUCCCUAUUUCUGUGUACAUGUCGAUAUAUCCCGAUAUUUUGAUAUGAAUGUUGGGCUCUUGAGUGUUUUUUUCAUACACACCAUUCGAUGGUGCUAAUUAUUGCUGACAAGUGAAUUUUUCAGUUAACCUGAUACUGGCUAAGUAUGCUGUCUGAAGCCGUCAGUUUCAAAAACAAUGAGUGGUUGCUCUGCAACUAUCAAAAUGCGCGAUAAUAUUCAGAGUAGUCCAAUUAUAUGUUCACAGAAAAACUAACUGGGGUACAUUGGCUGUUUUCAUUGUUGUUUCAGCUUCAGUUUUGAAAGGACAGGAGGCUUGAUGGUCUGUGUCAGUCCUGGUACUCGUCUCGUGACAGUCACUUUAUUGACAUUUCCCCGACUGAGUAAGCAAACUUAUUACUCGUCUUUAAAUGAAAUGAAUAAUUAAUGACAACUAAAUCUACAACAUUAGCGAGUAAGGUAAUAUAUGUUUAUAUAUACAUAUGUAAGAUCAAUUUACGAUUUAGUACCACUUAUCGAGAGUCGCAUAUAUACAUAUAAAGUUUCUGUUGUUGAUAGAUAUGACACUUCAGACCCAUUUCUUUUAUCUCUAGAAGGAUUCAAUAUGACCCAAAGGAUUACUUCAUGUACUGUUUCCGAAGUACCUGAACGUUUAUGCACUUCCUCCAUGGACGCACUACGAAUCUCACCGUUUACUGAUACGCCUUCCAACAAAACUGGCGAUGUAUGCAGAAUAGAGCACACUCAGUUCGGUGAAGUUUAUAUUUGUAGAGUGUGUAAUGUGAAAUGCACCGGUAAGGCGCCAUUUUCCCAGCAUAUAUCUGGAUCACAUCAUAGAAAAAACUGCAAUGCCAUUACCUAUUUCUGUAACGAGUGCAAUACAAGCCUUAAUUCUUCUGAACAAUAUACCCUACAUUGCAGUGGAUCAAAGCAUAUGCGAAAUAUAAUUUCUUCUUCUGACAAUUCUAUGUCUGAACAGUUUGGAGUUGAGCAACAAUUCAAUAAAAGCAACAAUGUUCCUUACUUCUGUAUACCUUGUGGUCUUAGUUGCUCUUCCAAAGAGCAAUUGGAUUCUCAUUUCUUAGGUAAAAAACAUAAGAAGCAAUGUAAAAAAUAUAAGCCAUCUGUAUCAGGUCAGCUGUCGGGGUACGUUUUGAAUGAACAGUCAAAUCAACCGAUUGGUCAACCUGACUUUUUCUCUUCAAUGCCUACUUUAUUCAAUACAGCUAGUGAGAAUUCGCCAAACUUUUGGUUUCCAAAGUUGGUUCCUUGUAUAAGAAAUAUCAUAGAGCUGGAGUCCAAAUUGACAUUAACAAAUAACUUUUCUCCGUUUUUGGCUUCAGUCACUCCCUGUUCAUAUCAAGAACGAACAGAUUCAAAGAGUGAUCUUUCACCCAAUCAGCAGGAUAGUGGCGACUCUUCUGAGCCCAAACAGUUUUGUAGACACGGUGAAUGUAUUCUGAUGAGGUCAUUACAGUUUUAUGAAGGUGAUUUAAAUACAAGAAUUGGUAAUCCUGGAUGAUUGGGCUAUUAAAUAUUUUUUGGGAUUCUAAAUGUCCUCAUGAUAACUAUAUAUUAUUAUUUUUUUUGUACAGAGUCAUUGUAACGCAUUUUACUUAUCUUCUAAUACACUAUUGAUAAAUAUUAAUGAUGAUAUAUGUUGCGCUUAAAACAUUUAAUAUUGUUAGUUUUUUAUUCAAUCUAUAUACCAACUCACUUUUGAUACUUGGUAAGUUAUUUAUCAAACUAAAUUGUACUGAUUGGCCAUCUUAAAUGAGUUGAAUUUGUACUAGAAACUUAAUGAAACUCCUGCUUAGUUAUUUUAACUGGUCGGAUAAGAUUUCCUGGUGAAUAACAUAUGUUGGUCGUCAUUGAAGCACUUUUUCAUCGAUUCAUUCCUUUAUUUACACCUAAUUGGCACCUAAUAAGAUGAACUAGAGGUCUAAAUUUUGAGAAUAAAAGCAAUAAAACCUC